AUGACUGAAGCCUCUGAGAACAUUGUUGUGGUGCCCUCUGAAGUCCAGUCCAGCAAGCUUCGGGCCUGCCUAUCCUGUGGCUUGGUCAAGUCGGUAGCGCAGUUUCUAGCCUACGGGUGCGAAAACUGUCCGGGCUUAUUUGAAGCUGGAACUGGUGACCGCGAGAGGGUCCUGACGUUUACCACUGCAGAGUUUUCCGGUCUAGUGGCCCUGUAUAGACCGAAAGUGAGCUGGGUUGCAAAGUGGCAGCGGCUAAGCCGAAAAGUUCCGGGCUGUUAUGCCAUUGGUAUCUUGGCCGAGUUGCCAGACGACGUACUCGAGGAGCUGGAGGCGCUUCGUUUUGACGUCGAAAGUUGA